AUGAUUAGUGACUUUUUUUUCCCCCAACCUGGAGGAGUGGAAAGUCACAUAUACCAACUUUCAUCCAAAUUAAUAGACAGGGGCCAUAAAGUUAUCAUCGUCACUCAUGCCUAUAAGGGCCGGACCGGAGUGCGAUAUCUCAGUAAUGGACUCAAGGUCUAUUAUGUCCCAUUUUUUGUCAUUUACCGCGAAUCGACUAUGCCUACGGUCUUCUCCUUCUUCCCCAUUUUUCGUAACAUAAUAAUACGCGAACAGAUUGCGAUUGUGCACGGACAUCAAAGUCUGAGCAGUUUUUGCCAUGAAGCCAUUCUACACGCGCGCACUAUGGGCUUGCGCACAGUUUUUACAGAUCACUCGCUGUUUGGUUUCGCAGACGCGGGUUCAAUCCUUACGAACAAACUCCUGAAAUUUACCCUGAGUGAUGUUGACCAUGUUAUUUGCGUCAGCCAUACCUGCAAGGAGAACACAGUCCUUCGCGCUUCUCUCGAUCCUCUGAUGGUGUCAGUUAUUCCUAACGCCGUUGUGGCCGAGAAUUUUCGUCCCUUGUCGUACAGCGCCGAUGAAAAUAACAAAACGCCUGUGCCACGUGCCUUAUUGGGCCCGGAUGAUAUUAUCACAAUUGUUGUUAUAUCACGACUUUUUUAUAACAAGGGAACAGAUCUGUUAAUUGCGGCGAUACCAAGAAUCUUAGCUUCUCACCCGAAUGUGCGCUUCAUUAUCGCAGGUUCAGGGCCCAAGGCUAUUGACCUAGAGCAAAUGCUAGAACGUAAAGUUCUACAAGACAAAGUGGAAUUCCUCGGAGCGGUUCGACAUGAGGAAGUCCGCAAUGUGAUGGUGCGGGGACAUAUCUAUCUUCAUCCGAGUUUGACUGAAGCAUUCGGAACGGUGAUUGUAGAAGCCGCUAGUUGUGGACUAUACGUCGUUUGUACCCGUGUCGGGGGCAUCCCAGAAGUCUUGCCACAGCACAUGACAACAUUUGCAAAACCUGAGGAAGAUGAUCUUGUUCAGGCGACCGGCAAGGCAAUUGCAGCCCUUCGCUCGAACAGAGUCUGCACUGACAAAUUUCAUGAACAAGUACGCAUGAUGUAUUCGUGGACGGAUGUCGCCCGACGAACAGAGCGUGUUUACAAUGGAAUAUGUGGUGCCAUAAGCGAAGAAGAGUUUUACGGCUACUUUCCUGGACAAGGUUGGACUGCAACAAGGGGCCGCAUCAAUAGCUUCGCUCUCAUCGAUCGACUAAAACGCUACUACGGCUGUGGCAUAUGGGCUGGGAAAUUGUUUUGUCUUUGCGUUGUCAUAGACUUCUUGCUCUAUGUUUUCCUUGAAAUAUGGUUCCCCCGUAGCAGCAUUGAUAUUGCGAGAAGCUGGCCAAGGAAACCGACUGUAGGAAGCACGGAGUCCCAUGAAGUCGAUUCCUCUAUUCACCGAGAAUCGAGGCGCAGCACCGCACGACCGAGCGUGAUAUACUAAUUCAGUUGGUAUGGCCGCAUAAAAAUACUCACAUUUUCGAAACUAGCAGAUGCACACCCCUACACACCGAAAUCGUGGCUAGCCUACUCAUUUUGAGAGCCAGCGCCUAUUUGGUGUCGUUCCAGGAUUGGAUCUAUACGAAACUAUUCGUUUCUGAAUGCCUAAACUCCACUUUUCGAGCGCCGGCGUUAGGAUUCAAACAACGUUUUUGGUGUGGCGGCUUCAGGAAUGGUGCGACUUAGGAUCUAUAUUGCUCUGCAUUUAAGCGCCCACGACUGCUUGCAAUAUUGUCAAGAAGGCUUUUCUUAGCUAAGGCAGAGAAAGUUACUUGUACUGAAGAGGAAUCUUGAGUGGUUUUGAAUGCAUUCUGGGAGCAAGGAAUGAUGUAUACAAUUCAAUUAGAGGAGCACCUAGCACUAAUUUUAUAACAUUUUUUUUUUUCAG